AAUCUCAACAAUCAAUCGAAAUUGGCUAUUGGCUUUCCUUCCGCGUGUCGUCAUUAGAAGUUCAUUGUUCCCAAUCUUUGUGUCAUUCUCUGUUAUUCUCAGCCUAAAGUCAAAAGUGUCAGUUCGACCGACAUAAUCGUUGUGAUCCGAAUAUUGUGCUGGUGCUUUCACAAAUAGAGUGUAAAUUCCAUUCCUUUUUGUCCUUUCUAAUCUGUGUAUCCAGAAUUCCUAAGUUUUCAUUUCAAAAACAUCAAUGCAAAUAGUGUUAUAGAUAAAGGAUUCGGAAACCAAAUUAGUCAUAACAGGAUUAGUAGAUAAAAAUGUCAUUUUUUGCAAUAAUGUCGCAAAAGAUAAUCCAAACACGCUAGACUCUCUCUAGUGAGUAAAGCGAGUGAAGCUUGCAGACAUACCUUGACUUGACAUGUCAUAUUCUAUCGAACGUCUCAACUAUAUGCAAGACAGCAGCAGCGAUACAGAGACGGAUUGUAAGGAGACUGAUGGACGCGGACGACAUCCCGCGUAUAAAAACAGGCUGAGUUGUGGUGGUUCGUCCAAACCAAAAUCUUGUCUGGUUCAGAGGGAUGGGAGCAUCGAACAACAUUGUCAUUCCUUCGAUACAAGCAGGCAAAGCACAAAAUUAGUUCAACAAAACAGGCUCCGUACGGGCGUUGGAAUUGGGAAAAAUCUUCAGAGUCAGAAUAGAGAGAGCUCGUUGGCGUCCACAGUCGGCAUGAGCCAUCAGCAAGCUAGCGACGAACGAAUUACUCUCAUUGUCGAUAAUACAAGAUUCAUAAUUGAUCCAGCACUAUUCACAGCUCAUCCAAACACGAUGCUGGGUCGAAUGUUCAGUUCCGGGAUUGAAUUUGCCCAGCCGAAUGAGCGUGGCGAAUAUGAAGUGGCAGAUGGCAUAUCAGCAAUGGUCUUUAGAGCUAUUCUCGAAUAUUAUAAGGGAGGGGUUAUUCGUUGUCCGCCAACUGUAACAGUUCAAGAAUUACGCGAAGCCUGCGAUUAUCUCCUUGUUCCAUUUGACGCCAGCACUGUCAAGUGUCAAAAUUUAAGAGGACUACUGCACGAGCUGUCCAACGAAGGGGCAAGAUGUCAAUUUGAAGUAUUUCUUGAAGAUUUAAUUCUACCUUUGAUGGUGAACAGUGCUCGCAGAGGAGACAGAGAAUGCCAUAUAGUAGUUUUAUUGGAAGACGACGUUGUCGAUUGGGACGAAGAAUACCCUCCACAAAUGGGAGAAGAAUACUCGCAAACUGUGAAUAGUACGGCGAUGUACCGAUUUUUCAAAUACAUAGAAAACCGAGACGUGGCAAAACAGGUGAUGAAGGAGCGAGGCCUGAAGAAAAUUCGCCUCGGCAUUGAGGGCUAUCCAACUUACAAGGAGAAGGUGAAGAAGAGAGCCGGCGGUCGCGAGGAAGUGAUUUACAAUUACGUCCAGCGGCCCUUCAUCCACAUGUCUUGGGAGAAGGAGGAGGCCAAGAGUCGUCAUGUCGAUUUUCAGUGUGUCAAGUCGAAAUCGGUGACGAAUUUGGCUGAGGCGACGGCAGAUCCGGCAUUGGACGCGGGUGGAAAUCCAAUAAAUGCAAUUGCUCUCUUGCACUCGGCAGAGCCGGUCCAUCAUCAUCAGCCGGAAGUUCUGCCUCCAAUGGGUGGGAACGACGUUGACGGGGAUGGCGGGGCGUUAGGUUUACCUGCCGAUUCCGAGGUUGGCGGCCCGCCGACGGACGAACUUUCAUAAAAUUUCGGGCUCUCUUUUCGAGUCGCGUACUCUCAAGCGGCUGUCUACUUGGCGAGAUUUAUCAAAAGUAUUAACGGCGUCUUACUCCGGCUUCGAGGAGAAAAACGCGGGUCUUGAUUUCACCGAUUGCAAGUACUGGUGGUCGAGUAAUUUUUGCUUACUUGUCGAUGUACGAACAAAAACGGAAGACUCUUAUCGCCUCUGGAUGUUUUUUUUUUUUUAAAUGCAGUUGGUGAUUUUGUAUAUCUUUAAAUAAAAUUUAAUAUGAAUAUUUCGUUUGUAA